AUGGUCGAGGGCGACAUUCUGGUGCGAAGGAAGCCGGGCAGCAAACCAAGACCAAAAGUCUCUGCCGUCGAUAACGAUAGGUCCGCCUCCAAUACAAACCAGUUCCGAAACGCCGUCCACUCUGACGAGUACACCUGGCCAAAUGGCGUCAUUCCCUACACCAUUGACGGCGACCUUGCCGGCCAAACGGACCUGAUUCAAAAAGCGAUGAGCCAGAUUCAGCGACACACCUGCAUCAAGUUCCGCCCCAAGACCGCCGAUGACACCUUCUACAUCCGCCUCUUCAAGGGUCAAGGCUGCUACGCCUCCAUCGGCCGCGACCCGGACUUUCCCGAGGGCCUUGUCUCGCUGGGCGAUGGUUGUUACUACGCCGGCACUGUGGUCCACGAGUUGAUGCACACUAUUGGCUACUACCACGAGCACAAUCGCCACGAUCGGGAUGA